AUGUCGUUGACUGGAAUACUACUUGAUGUUUCUGGCUCUAUGAAGAGAAACAUUGGAAGCGGUACUGAUGUAAAAGGCGGACUAUGGGCUCAGUCUAUUUUCAACGUUAUCGAUGACCUUAUUGAACAUGAUCUUACGUCUGAGAAUCGUGUUUUUGCUAUAGGCGUCGGAGCAGAAUGUCCCGGCAAAGAAAUAUUUGAUGUCAUUGCAACUCUUCAGCAAUUUGAAAAUACGAACAGGCCUGCAACUGAACGCCAUAUCAACGAGAUCUUUGAUAUUCUCGAGAGAAACGGUGCACCCAACAUACGUAAUUGGGCCUGCAAUGUUAAACUGUUUCAAGACGUACUAUCUGACUAUAUAGCAACACUGAUUCUGCAAAAAUUUGAGUCGGACAAACAGUUUGCCAAAAUAUUUGUGGACUAUUUUUUACCAUGCGAUUGUCGAGACAAAAUAUCAACAGCACCUGAUGAUGGCGGCGUGCUAUCUGAUCUAUCUAGAUCAGCUACGAAAGAGGAUAUCGAAGAAAUUGUAAGAAAAGCAAAAUGCUAUAUUUUACAAGACAAAAAAGAUGCCUCUCGCAUUUUAAAAGACGUAGGAACCAACUCUAUAUUUAGUGUGCAAGAUGCCUCCCUCAUUAUCCGUGGAUGCGUUGAUAAAAAGAAACUUAACGAACUUUCUGAACAGCGGAAGCAAGAGUUACUUGAUAACGUCGAGCCUUUCAUUUAUGGUGAAACGCCGUUGUGUGGAUCUCUCGAAAAGGCGAUAAAGCUUUUUGAAAGAGACACGUUCGAGAACAAAUUGCUUUUCGUGCUAUCAGGUGGAGACCUUACAGACGGCAGUAUUAAAGAUAUCGCCAAGAUCAACCAAAUUACCUCCAAACUAACAAAUGCAGGCGUCAAAAUAGUAUCUUGUUUUAUCACUAGAUCCACAGAUAUUCAUCCGAAACGUUUGUACGACACGAUGUCACCUGAUUGGGAACCUGGUGCCAAGUUUCUGUUUUUGUUGAGCUCUGAAGUACGAACACAGGAUCUAGUGGCACGAGCAAUCUUGCUCAAACGUGGUUGGGCGAUCGACAUCGCCAACAAUGAAACAAAGUUGUUCAUGCAAGUCAAUCAUCCAGACAACGUAAGGUAUUAA